AGUGAGUGAGUGAGUGAGCGAGCGAAAGCGUCACACCUAUGAUUAAGAAAGAUUCCAAAUUUUAAAAUAUUCGUGUGCGUAGAUUUGCAUUUUCCAUGCAGCGUACGCUAACCCGUGUGUGCCGUUUUGUGAAUAAAAGACAACCAUCUUAAAUCCACAUUAAUUAUUUUACACCAACAGUAAUUGCAUUACCAUCAAAUGAAUUAUUUCACAACAGUAGCACGGCAGAUUUCUGCAGCGUUGGAAUACAAGUCGGGAUUUUGUAGGUUUAAAGAGAGCGGAAAACAGCAACACUGAUCACUAAGCAGCAAACGCGCACCAGAAAACAGACAGAUAAAUACAAGAUUGAACGAAGAUGAAUGGUAAAAUGGAAGAAUAGCAUCAAAAGGACAGACUGUCUACCAACAGGGGGGGGAAGAAAAGAAAGAAGGGGAUGGAAUGAUCGUGACAACAUGAAAAAGAAAAAGUGUGGAGGAAUACAUUCACCUAGCGUCUGAAGCAACAACUGGAAGAGAGAAGAACGGCGAGAGGAGAGCCUCCUCCAAGCACAACACCCUGGAGCUCCUCAACUUACAAUGGAGAACCCCACUUAUCUGAGUUUGGCUCUGCUGGGCAGCGGCGAGGAAGAGGACCAGCGCACCAACCUUCCGCUGAGUGGCGUCUCCCACGCGUCCGCUGCCACCAACCACGCAGGCGCCAACCACUCCAACCACACAGGGGUGGCCGGCGCCGAGCGACCCAAUGGGACCCCGUCCCUGACCACCCCCUGCCUCCCCCCGGCCGCCCUCCCGAAGCUCCCCCUGGUCUCUGUCCAGCAGCCCCCCCCCGCCAUUCCCAACGCCCUGUGUCCCAGCAGCACGCCUCUGUCCUCCUGCCUGGGCAGUCAGCAUAGCCUGAGCGGGGAGACCUCGCCCGCUUACAACGCCCUCUUCUACUCCUCGCACUCGCCCUGCUCGGAGAGGGAGCGGGACCGGGAGCGGGAGCGGGGCUGCAAGCACCGGCAGGCCAGCCCGCUGGUGCACCGGCGCGACAGCAACCCCUUCACCGAAAUCGCCAUGAGCUCCUGCAAGUACACGGGGGGCGUGGUGAAGCCCCUGAGCAGGCUGAGCUCCAGCCGGAGGAACCUCAUCGAGUCGGACAGUGGGAGCGACACCAAAGAGGGGGGCGGGGGGGGCACGUGGCGGGAGAGGGAGCAGCAGGGCCAGCCGCCGGAGCCCCCCGAAAUCGUCAUCUCCUCCAAAGCGGACUCGCCCUGCGGACAGGACCCGGACGCCUCCCCCAACCAGAUGACCGCCUGCCACCAGAACCACACCCUAUCCGGGAGCAGGGGCACGCUGGGGACCUCCGGGGGGGCAGGAGGCAGGGGGAACAACCUCGGGGGCACGGGAAGCGGAGCGGUGAGGGGCGCCAACAAGGCCCCGAAACGAAAGAACCAGAACAUCGGGUACAAGCUGGGCCACCGGAGGGCACUGUUCGAGAAGAGGAAGAGGCUGAGCGACUAUGCGCUCAUCUUCGGGAUGUUUGGCAUCGUCGUCAUGGUCAUCGAGACGGAGCUGUCGUGGGGCGUCUAUACCAAGAGCUCUAUGUAUUCCCUGGCCCUGAAGUGUCUCAUCAGCCUGUCGACCAUCAUCCUGCUCGGGCUCAUCAUUGCUUACCACGCCCGUGAAAUUCAGCUGUUUGUCAUCGAUAAUGGUGCUGAUGAUUGGCGCAUCGCCAUGACGACGCAGCGGGUGUUGCUGAUCGCCCUGGAGCUGCUGGUGUCGGCGGUGCACCCGGUGCCCGGGGACUUCAAGUUUCACUGGCGGGCGCGGCUGGCAUUCUCGUACACGCCCUCGCUGGCGGAGGCGGACCUGGACAUGGUGCUGUCGGUGCCCAUGUUCCUGCGGCUCUACCUCAUCGCCCGGGUCAUGCUACUGCACAGCAAGCUGUUCACCGACGCCUCAUCCCGCAGCAUCGGGGCCCUGAACAAGGUGCACUUCAACACGCGCUUCGUGAUGAAGACCCUGAUGACCAUCUGCCCCGGGACCGUGCUGCUGGUCUUCAGCAUCUCUCUGUGGAUCAUCGCCGCCUGGACCGUGCGCGUCUGUGAGAGGUACCAUGAUGCCCAGGAUGUGACUAGUAACUUCCUGGGAGCUAUGUGGCUCAUCUCCAUCACUUUCCUGUCCAUCGGAUAUGGAGACAUGGUGCCCCACACCUACUGCGGCAAGGGCGUGUGUCUGCUCACUGGAAUUAUGGGGGCUGGUUGCACGGCGUUGGUGGUUGCAGUGGUUGCCAGGAAGCUGGAGUUGACCAAGGCAGAGAAGCAUGUCCACAACUUCAUGAUGGACACCCAGCUCACUAAGAGGAUAAAGAACGCCGCGGCCAAUGUGCUGAGGGAGACCUGGCUGAUCUACAAGCACACCAAGCUGAUGAAGAAGAUCGACCACGCCAGAGUGCGCAAGCACCAGCGCAAGUUUCUGCAGGCCAUUCACCAACUGCGAAGUGUGAAGAUGGAGCAGAGGAAGCUCACUGACCAAGCCAACACUCUAGUGGAUCUCUCAAAGAUGCAGAGCGUCAUGUACGACCUCAUGUCGGAGAUCAACGACCGCAGCGAGGACCUGGAGCGCCAGAUGCUGAGCCUGGAGCGCCGCGUCGAGCAGCUGACCACCGGCUUCAGCAGCCUGCCCACCCACCUGAACGCCACCCUCACUGCCCAGCACAACGCCCUCCUGCACCUGCUGCGAGAGAGGGGCACUCAGGGCGGGCCGGAGAGGGAGGGCGGGGCCAGGGGCGCGGCCGCGGGAGAUGCGGACUGCAGCCCCAAUACGAGCUCCUCCAGCUCCUGA